AUGUGGAAUUCAGAAGGAAAAACACUGAAUGAAAAUAAUAGUACACACUGUAAAACAAUAUUCAAACAGACUUUUAAAUUUACCAAAGAUAUACCAGAACAAAGAAUUUCACCUGAAGGAUUUUUAAUACGAGACUGCGGUUGCGUCAUGAGAUUUUUACCUAAUUUAGAUAACAAAUUGAAUAAGAAUAAGUUACAGCUCGCAACCAUUAACAAGAAUCAAAAUCAAAAAAACAUCAGUUAUACACACCAUCGUAAUAAUUUAAAUCAUACAAAAGUUAUUUCAGCAGAAAUGUAUCAAUCAACAUUUUGGAUGGAACCAAGAAUAGUCCCUGUUAAGUAUACUACUGAACUAAAUUUCAACUUAGAAUCACCCAUAAGAAAAUUUACAGAAACAAUUGACUUACAGAUGAAAUUAGUUGCUUGUCCAUAUAUUCAGCAAAUUGGAACUACAAAACGUUUUAAAACAUCAAUCGAGACAAAAAUCCAAUCAGACUAUACACUACCAUUGGAUACUACUAUUUAA